GGCCCAAUUAAAAGCAGACUUUACAAAAUAAAAUUCAAGGAGGAGGCAAAAGUAUCCUUGUAUUCAAAGAAAAUUAAUGAUGAAUAGAUAAAAUAGAUCAAAUAUUUAAAGAGAGUAUAAAGUAUUCUAUAUGAAAUUGGUUGAAAUAGGAAAACUACCCUUCACAGACAGCUCCAGGAAGUGGGUUACUUGAGGCCAGGUGAACAUCAUUGCCUCCAAUCAGACUCCCAACCAGCAGCAGAGCGUCAAAGCUCAAUGACUCAUUUGUUUGACAAGUAAAACACAUGGCUUGACAACACUACUGAAACCUAUUUUAGGGUCUUUUUUGACAAUCAUACAAACCCAGGAAGAAGCUGUCCAUCAUGUUAAAACAUUUUGCUCUCUACUCAAGACUCUUGUUUGCCUUUGCGCUGGUCUGUGCAGCUGUCAUGUCGUUUAUCAUGUGUUCAGAUGCUGCAAGAGCCAGUCCCAUAACAACCCAGGUGGAAAAUGGAGUGAAGCACAAUGUCCUGAAACGACUGUAUACUCCAUACAGUCAACAUCCCCUCUCUACUAGUCUAUCAAUUGAAACUGGACUCCAAACUGGAACUAAUAGUGAAACUGAGAUGAGCAGGAAUUAUAGAGAAGCCUCGUCAAUCAUUGACCAUCAAUCAAACUCUCUACAGCUUACAGACGGUAGCUUUAGUUACAAUCAAAACAUCCCAGAUAACAGACACUCCCAAGUGGGAAUGACUAGAGUGCAGAGUGAAGUGACGCCAGCAAGCAGCAUUUUCACCAGCCACUCUCAGCAUGGAGGACAAAGCUUUGAGAGAUGGCAAUCUAGAGUAAAUUACCACCCUCUCUCUCAGAAAGUAGCCCAAAGUGGAAAUUCUUAUAAUUCAUACCCAGUGAUUAUUAGAAAAUCAUCUCACAAAGAAGCUGCCAGUCCCUUUCAUCAGAGAUCUAGUCCUUCACAAGUUUGGGACCCCACAAAUGCUCAGAAAUCCUACAAAGUUCCUAGAAGUGACUCUCCAAAGGUGGCUGAAGAUAAAACAGUCUGGCAACCCUCUGACUCUUCUCAUUUUUCAUCCCAGACUGGUAGAUAUUGGAGUACUUCACUGCCAGCUCCAAGAGGGCAUUACAGCAGCUAUAAAGAGACAAAUGAGCUCGCUGCGGCCGGGCUGCAGAGUACAUCGAGUGGAAUUCAAUCACGUAAAUUUCUCGGCUUUGCAAGUCAAACUGCCCCUCAUGCACCAUCAAUCAGCAAUAGCUUAGACGCUUCUGUUAUUAAAAGCAAUCCAAGCCCAGAAAAACUGACAUCAUCCAUAACAGGUUUCUACCAGGGGUUGCACUCGGUGAGUAGCAGUGAGACACCAAGACACAAAAAGGUCCAGUCGUAUCUCUUCAAGGACUCCCAGACUUCUUUUGGUGGACAUGAGACAGUUAAUACUGUCACUGGUGAUGGACCCAGCGCUUCUGCCACAACGCCACAUAAGCAAAGGCCCUCUGAUGAAGUUUAUGGCAGGUUUUCUUCAAAUUUUAAACAAUUACAACAACUACAAAGAAAAGACCCGACCAAGGAAGUACAGCAUCUCUCUGAUAAUGCCAAUCCACUGUAUCGUAAUGCUAAUGUGGCCCCAGUAUUUCUCGGCUUUGCAAGUCAAACUGCCCCUCAUGCACCAUCAAUCAGCAAUAGCUUAGACGCCUCUGUUAUUAAAAGCAAUGCAAGCCCAGAAAAACUGACAUCACCCUUAGUAGGUUUCUACCAGAGGUUGCACUCGGUGAGUAGCAGUGAGACACCAAGACACAAAAAGGUCCAGUCGCAUCUCUUAAAGGACUCCCAGACUUCUUUUAAUGGACAUGAGACAGUUAAUACAAUCACUGGUGAUGGACCCAGCGCUUCUGCCACAACACCACAUAAGCAAAGGCCCUCUGAUGAACAAGUUUAUAGCAGGUUUUCUUUUAAACAAUUGCAAAGAAAAGACCUGACCAAUGAAGUACAGCAUCUCUCUGAUAAUGCCAAUCCACUGUAUCAUAAUGCUAAUGUGGCCCAGUAUGGUGCUCAGACAGAUAGUUCUACCAAAUAUCAACGCACCACAGCAGAAACUCUUGCUCAAAUCUCUGUGCAUCCCGCUCCAGGGAAAUACGACACCAUGGAAAGUUUUAUCCCUGUAACUCAUGCAGGUUUCCAGGGUAACUAUGCUACUGGCAGCGAUAAAUCUGUAGUAAGUAGCCUAGUUAAUACAACCACAAGAGGAUCAAUGCAUGCUUACAAACCUGAAAAAGCCAUAAAAAGCAUCUAUGGUUUCGGAGGAUUUAAAAAUCCAUCUGUUCUCUCCUCCAGUGGCACUAAUGAAAGGAACUCUCGACGAUACAGCUUCGACAAAGGAAAGUUUAAAAUCGCAAAUACAUACAGGUCUUUGUCACCAAAGUACAGCUUUGGCCAGAGAGAAGCAUCUACUUCAACUACUGCACCAGCAAAACUUGAGAGGACACCCACAGAUUAUUUUUCACCUUCUACUAGCACUUUAGAUAUCGUCCAAACCAUGACCACUCCAAGGCCGUUCACAUCAGGAUUUAAGGAAGCCCGGCCUCUGCUGCCUGAAAGUGAUGCUGGUAUGGACAGCGACCCAGAUCGUGGACAGUUCAGAAGCUACAGAAGAAUAUAUGGUCUUAAAGGAUUUGGGACUCAACCACUCGAGGGAGCCAAAACUUCAGUUAGUGAACCAGACAAGUCUACCAGAGUCCUGCAAGGUUUUGAAGGUUUUAAACUUAGAAGCUCACAGAUCUGGCAACAGAAAAACAGCAAGAUUCACAGGUGGUACAAUAAAACAGGUGAAACAGAGCCAGGUAGCAGCCAUGUAUCCACGAUGAGUCAAAAUGAGCUAAGCAGUGAAGACCUUAAACCACGUUUAAAGACAGCAGGAAGCACUGAAUCAGUUGCCAGAUUUACACCUGUCAAAAAUAACCGCAAAAUCUAUAGGCCUACUUCUCUGGGAUUUCACCCUGUUCAAAACAAAAUGAGAAAUGCUAGUAACAAAACACACUGGAAGUACAAAGAACAAAAUCCAACUAUAGCAUCACCAAGUCACAGAAUCUCCUCAGCUUAUGUCCUCUCCUCAGCUUAUGUCAGUUCAAGAGGGGACCUCAAAGUUGAAUCCAGCCCAAAAUCAGAUACAAAAAUGGCAAACAACAUCAAACCUGUUGCAAUGAAGGCGAGUCUGUUCAACCGUGCCACCAGCAGUACGGUGAGAGGUAAACGUGUAAAAGGAAAACAAACUAAUGGCAAAAAGCUGAAUGAAUCUACCUCUCUGACCAAUGCAGCCAUAGUCAGGCUGUCCAAGCGGCCUGCCAGAGUCAAAGCUGUCACAUAUGCUGAUAUCCUUGGAAGUGCUUCGUUCAGUGGUGUCACAGCUACAGUCACGCCAGCUGAUAAGGAUUAUUUUCCAAACGCUGCAGCUACGACCAAGCACAAAGAAAGGGUGGCUAAUUGGACCUUAAACUCUGAGGAUGCUGUGCAUAGUAGAGACAACACCAGCAGAGGUCCUGAAGCACAUGCUGAAGACGACAAAGAAGAUUUCAGUAGUGUUGAGGAAAACAACUUGGGUGUUAGAAGUGAAGAUGUUUACAGUGACAUGAAAACAUCUGAUUUAUUCCUGGAUAAUGAUGGAAGUGGAAAUGGCGGUUUUAAUAUUUCUGUUUUUUCAGCUGAUACCACAAAGAGUCAGGGACUUAGUGAGGAUUUGUUAGAGCUAGAUUAUCUACAAAUAUCAACUGGGAACAUCUCCUUCAAGUCAAUGAAACAAUCCAAUACAGAGAAAUGAGUGAAACUUGAUAUGUUAUGUGGAACAAUUCCAAUAAAAGUUGGAAAAGUAG